UCACUGCUGGGCAUCGCAGUGGCCUGUGGGAGUCGUAGCGAUUGAAAGUACUACAAAUCCCAUCACCAAUGGGCCAUGGUCCCGCCAACGGCACCAGGCCGUAAAGUGUAUCAUGGGGGUUAAGUGUGUCAAGUUUGGUCCAUGUCAGUGAUUCCUGGCGGUCAUAGUGGCCUGUGAAAAUGGCAGCCAGUCAGAAAGCUACCACAUACAAACAUACAAACAUUCACUUUUAAUAUAGAUAUAUAGAUAUAGAUAAGGAAAGGAUAGUUCAUAAAAGGUAAAAGUUCAGUUCCAAAAGUUAGUUCCAAAAACAAGGCUGUAAGAACAAAUCCAUGGAAACAUUAGGCAUGAAACAAGGUCCUUAAAACCAAGCCAAAGUCCCAGAAACGAGGAUACAUCCAGGCUACAAGAUAAUCCAGGAAAGCAAACUUGGUUCUUGAUUCAAGCGAGGAAAUUGCUUUGACAAAGAUUUCCCUCUCAGCAGACUGUUUUAAUAGCAUAACAUGAAGGCAUUUCUUUGCCCUUUAACCUGCCUCUUAUUUGCUAUUCUGAGACUUCAGCACAACCCUUGAAAUUCCACUAGCCCGAUCUAGAGAAGCCCGAUCUAAACUAGCCCGAUCUAGAGAAGCAGCCUCAUCACUUUCAAGGCCACAGGGUUCGUUAGUGUUAUCAGGCUGAGGAUGGGAGCUACUCUCCCUUUCUGCUUCUUGCACCUUAAAACCAUCAUCAGUAACAACAUCAUUUCUUCCCGUAGGAAAGCAUCCCUGCUCCUCAUCUCCCACUGCAGGAACACUCUGCACCUGAAUCCCAUAAUCCCCAUCAGAGUCAUCUUGAAACUCAUCCUGAACCUGAGUCCCAUCAUCUUGAAACUGCAUCUCAGAAUCCUCAUCAGAGUCCCACAAAGGCUGUCACAACAGACACAACCCAAUCCUGACAGGAUGGAGACCUUUGAGGACCACAUGUGGUGCUCCCACAGCUGCCACAGCGGGGACGAUGAUGACGACUAUAGCGAAGGCAUCGAGCGGCACCCUUUGGUCAAGAUACGAUCCCGGAGCAACAGCCGCAGCCGCAGCCGCAGCCGCAGCCGACUCAACAACCAGAACCGCCGCCGCUCCUCCUUCCUGGUUGACGAGCUGGACAUGCUGAUGGACAAGGCGGCCACCACCAUCCAGGCCGCCUGGCGAGGCCACCUCACCCGCAAGCAACUCAUGGUCGAGCACGCCGCCGCCUCCACCAUCCAGGCCGCCUGGAGGCACUUCAUCACCAGGGAGUACCUGGCCCUGAGGCAUGGCCCGAUGCCGGCGGAGCAGAUGUACGGCCGGCGGAGGAGGACCCCCUCCUUGGCCUCCUUGGAGGACGAAAGGGUCCGAAGGCCGCGGCACUACUCCAUGGAGGACAAGGACCAUGCCGCAGAGGUCAUCCAGGCCCAUUACCGUGGCUACGUGACCCGUAAGGCCAUCAGCCAGUGCCGUCACGCGGCCGUCACCAUCCAAGCCCACUGGAGGGGCUACCAAACCCGCCAGGAGUUAGCACAACGUGGCUAUCCACCUUCCAAACCACGGAAGACCUAUUAUACUCCACCAACUUAUGUUCCCGGCAGUACUGGGUGGAUGGGCCCUUAUCCUCGGAAGCAUUGGCGCAAAGUGAUGGUAGGGGAGCCCGAGGAGUGGGCAAGCAAAGGCGGCCGGGCCCCGAUGCCCAAGCGGCAGAAGGAGCGUCUCAAAACGACCCAGCCCAAGGUGUGCCCGCAGUGUGGGCAUUGCACUGGCGUACGCGUCUUGGUGGGAGUGGGCAAGGCCCCGCCGUCCGAAUCAGACCGGGACGAGGAGUAUGAUGUCCGCACUCCUCGUUCUCGUCGCAGCCAGCCGAAGGGUAUGUCCACUAAGGCCUCAAAGAGCCCGGGGCCGGCCCCGAGGCCUCACCAUUACCGUGCCCAAGUCUCCUACCAAACCAGCUCCAGAUCCUACUACUCGAAUGUCGUGAGCGACGACCAGCCCCGGAGGCAAGGCCGGGACCCACAAAGGCUCCUCGCAGGGCAAGUGUCCACCACCAGGGUCACUCGGGAGAGGACCACCGGACGGAGUUACUCCUCCACCAGCCUCCAGCAGCCGACCGCGCCAUCGCCAGGCACUUCGGAGUGGCUCUACGAGAACUACUGCGCCCGGCGGAUGGGCGAAGGGCAGCGGCGGGUGUUCAAGACCCGUAAGCAGAUCUGGCAGGUGGCCCGGGCCGCCACCCUCAUCCAGUCCUUCUGGCGGGGAUGGAAGGUCCGGCGGUCAUUGGCCGUCCAGCAAGCGGCCGCCACCACCAUCCAGUCGGCCUACCGGGGCUACAAGACCCGCGUCUACCUCAUCGAGGCCGGAGUGCUGAGCGAAGGAGACACCGAGUGAAAAGAGGCAUCGCAAAGUGACCGUGGGGAGAAUAUAGGGCUGCCGUGUCCACCCGCGGAGCACUCUUCUUCUAUCCCCUUUUCGUUACGACGAGAAGGGCCUACAUCCCAAUAAAUUAAUCCUAAUUGCAAA